AUGAUUAAUGGAGGGCUUCAUGGCUUCUUUAAAGGGCAGAGAGGGGUGAGACAGGGUGACCCUAUGUCGCCUCUUCUUUUUGUUAUCGUUAUGGAGUACUUGACUAGGAUGUUAAAGAAAGUGGAGAAGAUGAGGGCCUUUAAGUUUCAUUAUAGAUGUAAGGAUUUAAAGCUUAAUCACUUGAUCUUUGCCGAUGAUCUAAUCAUUUUUGCUCAUGGGGAUAUAAGGUCUAUUUCUUAUGUGGUGAGAGCGUUGAGAACUUUUGAAGCUAUUUCUAGGCUUGGUGCUAAUGCUGACAAGAUAGCCAUCUACUUUGGCAAUGUCAAUCCUGGUGAGAAGGCUGCUAUUUUGGAUUUAUCUGGAUUUGUUGAGGGUGUUGCUCCUUUUAAGUAUCUGGGUAUUCCCCUUAAUGCAAGGUACUUGAGAGUGACUGAUUUUGAUGGGCUAUGUAUGCUACUUCCCAAAUCUGUUGUGGCUAGGAUAAAUCAAUUAUGUAGAGCUUUCCUUUGGUGUGGCUCUGCUAUUCUCUCUAAAAGUCCCCCUUUGGCUUGGAAGUGGGUGUGUUGUCCUAAGUUAGCUGGUGGUCUUGGGGUGAGGUGGGUGCAUAGUGUUUAUUUGAAGGAGUAUGACUGGUGGUCUUAUUCCCCUAAGAAGGCUGAUGGGUGGGCUUGGAGGAAGAUUUUCAAGGUUAAGGAGGGACUGAAGGAGGCGUUCUUGGCUGGUAAUUGGAGCAGUCAGCAGUACUCAAUUUCUAAGGCUUAUAAAUGGCUUCAAGGUAACAUGCCUAGAGUUGGUUGGACUGAUUGGGUGUGGAACAGGAAUUCUGCUUUCUUGAAUCAAGCUGUCCCUCUGCCUCACAGAUUAUGUGCUAGGAUUGGUGUUGCUGUUAUUGAUAGAUUGUUGUGCUGUUGUGUUGUGUUUGUGGUUGUUGCUGUGUUUGCUGUGUUACUGGAUUCUGAGGCUAGUUUUGGUUGUGCUGCAGCUAGGCUCUGUGUUCUGUGCAGGCUGUUGUCACUGUCUGGCCUGCUUAGAGCUGCUUCCCUUGCUGCUGUGUGUGUCGUUUUUUGA